ACUGUGACGUGCAUCAUGGGAGGAGAUGGGAAACCUGUGUGGAACAAACCAAGACCCAUGUGUACAGCACCAUGUGGAGGUCAGUACACUGGAUCAGAUGGUGUCGUCCUGUCUCCCAACUAUCCUCAGAACUACACCAGUGGACAAGUGUGCCUGUAUUUCAUCGUUGUGCCCAAAGAUUAUGUGGUAUUUGGCCAGUUUGCCUUCUUCCAGACAGCUCUCCAUGAUAUCAUUGAAGUCCAUGAUGGUCCAAAUCAACAUUCUCGCCUGCUCAGUUCUCUCUCUGGUUCUCAUACAGGUGAAUCAUUGCCUCUGGCUACCACCAACCAAAUACUGAUCAAAUUCAGUGCCAAAGGGCAGACCACAGCCAAAGGUUUCCAUUUUGUCUACCAAGCGGUUCCACGAACCAGUGCCACGCAGUGCAGCUCGGUGCCAGAGCCCCGUUACGGGAGACGGAUCGGCAGUGACUUUUCGGUGGGGGCUGUGGUCCAGUUUGAGUGCAAUGCUGGGUAUGCCCUCAAGGGGUCACACAGCAUUGAAUGUUUGACGAUGCCUGGAACUCUUGCCCAGUGGAACUCUUCAGUGCCUACUUGUCUUGUGCCUUGUGGUGGAAACCUAACAGAGCGAAAAGGCACCAUUUUGUCCCCUGGAUUCCCUGAGCCCUACUUGAACAGCCUCAACUGUGUGUGGAAAAUAACUGUCCCUGAAGGAGCUGGAAUACAGAUCCAGGUGAUCAGUUUUGUCACAGAACAGAACUGGGAUUCUCUAGAAGUCUUUGAUGGAGGGGACAACACAGCCACCAUGUUGGGCAGCUUCUCAGGAACCACUGUCCCAGCCUUGCUCAACAGUACCUCUAACCAACUUUAUUUGCACUUCUACUCUGACAUCAGUGUCUCUGCUGCUGGAUUUCACCUGGAGUACAAAACUGUGGGCCUAUCCAGCUGCCCAGAACCCACAGUCCCCAGUAAUGGCCUGAAAAUUGGUGAAAGAUAUCUGGUGAACGAUGUGGUCUCCUUUCAGUGUGAACCGGGAUAUGCGCUCCAGGGGCACUCUCAUAUUUCCUGCAUGCCAGGAACUGUCCGACGCUGGAAUUAUCCCCCUCCACUUUGCAUCGCUCAGUGUGGAGGAAUCUUGGAAGAGAUGGAAGGUGUCAUCCUGAGCCCUGGCUUCCCUGGAAACUACCCUAGCAAUAGCGAUUGUACCUGGAAGAUAUCCUUUUCUGUAGGAUUUGGUGCACAUCUCCAGUUCUUAAACUUUUCCACUGAGCCUAAUCAUGACUUCGUUGAAAUUCGCAACGGGCCAUAUGACACCAGUAACAUCAUCAGCCGAUUUAGUGGGACCGACCUCCCCGGCUCCCUUCUUUCCACGUCCCACGAAACCACCAUAUAUUUCCACAGUGACCACUCCCAGAACAAGCCUGGUUUUAAGGUGGAAUAUCAAGCUUAUGAACUCCAGGAGUGCCCAGAUCCCGAACCCUUUGCCAACGGCAUUGUAAGAGGAGCUGGUUACAGUGUGGGGCAGUCCAUCUCUUUUGAGUGCCUCCCUGGCUAUCAGCUGAUUGGCCAACCAGUCUUAACCUGCCAACAUGGAACCAAUAGGAACUGGGACCACCCAUUGCCCAGGUGUGAAGUCCCCUGUGGAGGAAACAUCACUGCCCAAAAUGGAACCAUCUACUCCCCUGGCUUUCCCAAUCAGUAUCCCAGUUCCCAGGACUGCACAUGGCUCCUUGUGGUGUCAUCCGGAUAUGGCAUCUACCUCAACUUUACCUUGCUGCAAACAGAGCCGUAUAAUGACUUCAUCACUGUUUGGGAUGGGUCUCAGCAGACAGCUCCCCAGUUGGGGGUUUUCACAGGACACUCGGUGAAGAAAGCCAUCCAAAGCUCUUCUAACCAUGCUCUGAUGAAGUUUCAUAGUGAUGCAGCCAAUGGAGGCCUCUUUGUCAUCCACUUCAAUGCCUAUCAACUUUCUAAGUGCCAGCCACCAACUAUGGUCCCUAAUGCUGAAAUCAUCACUGAGAAUGAGGAUUACAACAUAGGUGAUAUUAUUAGGUAUCAAUGUCUUCCUGGAUUCAUCUUGGUUGGAAAUGAGAUCCUGACAUGCAGGCUGGGUACCCACCUCCAAUUUGAAGGCCGUCCCCCAACAUGUGAAGUUCACUGUCCAAUGAAUGAGGUCCUCCGUGACUCCACAGGAGUGAUCCUAAGCCCAACCUUCACAGGCAGCUACCCUCACUUCCAGACUUGCUCUUGGAUGAUAGCAGUGGAACCAGAGUACAACAUCACCUUCACUGUUGAAUAUUUCUUGAGUGAGAAGAAGUAUGAUGAGUUUGGGAUAUUUGAUGGGCCUUCAGGUCAAAGUCCACUGUUACUAUCUCUAAGUGGAAAUUACUCUGCGCCACUGAUGGUGACCAGUUCAGGAAACAGAGCCUAUCUCCACUGGUCCUCUGAUCACGCCUACAGCAGGAAGGGUUUCCGGAUCCGAUAUUCUGCCCCUUAUUGCAGCCUCCCUCCAGCACCUCUCCAUGGCUCUAUCCUCAGCCACACCGGCCUGCAGCCAGGAAGCACCAUUUGGUUUGGUUGUGACACCGGCUACCGCCUUGUGGGGCACAGCUUCUCAACGUGUUCAAGACACCCCCAGGGUUACUACCACUGGAACAAAGCCAUGCCUCUGUGCCAAGCAAUCUCCUGUGGAAUCCCCAGAGCACCGAAGAAUGGGGUUGUUUUUGGCAAGGAGUACACCGUGAGCAGCAAAGCAGUUUACCAGUGCAAGGAGGGCUUUCACCUCCAGGCCCAAGAGAACUCCAGUGUGGAGUGCCUGGCUAAUGGACAGUGGAGCAAUAGCAAUAAUCCUCUUCCAUGUGUAGCGGUCAGCUGUCCUGACAUCAGCAGCAUUGCUGUGGAACAUGGGAGAUGGAGGCUGAUCCAUGAGACCCAGUAUCAGUACAAUGCACAACUUAUGUUGAUCUGCGACCCAGGCUAUUAUUACGUUGGGUACCGUGUCAUCAGCUGCCAGGCCAGUGGGAAAUGGAGCAUAGGAGAACCCAUGCCAAUCUGUAGAAUAAUCUCCUGUGGAGAUUUGCCCGUGCCAUCCAAUGGAAACAGGAUUGGGACCUUAACCAUUUAUGGAGCUACUGCCAUCUUCUCCUGCAAUAGUGGCUACACCUUGGUGGGCUCUCGUGUGCGAGAGUGUAUGGCAAAUGGUCUUUGGAGUGGACUAGAAGUGACAUGCCUGGCGGGUCACUGUGGCGAACCAGGCUCCAUUGUCAAUGGCCAGAUAAAUGGUGAGAACUACAACUACCGUGGCAGUGUGGUGUACCAGUGCAACCCUGGUUUCCGGCUGAUUGGCAUGUCUGUCCGCAUCUGCCAACAAGAUCACCGCUGGUCCGGAAAGACUCCUGUUUGUGUGCCCAUCACCUGUGGUCACCCAGGCAAUCCAGCAAAUGGUCUGACCCAAGGCACUCAGUUCAACCUCAAUGAUGUUGCCAAGUUUACAUGCAACACUGGAUAUCGCCUUGAAGGGACACCCAAGUCCCAAUGCUUGGCUAACGGCCAGUGGAGUAAUGCCUUGCCCAUCUGUCGCAUUGUAAAUUGUACCGAUCCCGGGCACCUGGAAAACAGCAUCCGGCAAGUGCAACCGAGUGGGCCUCACAGAUACAGUUAUGGAACAACCGUCUCUUAUCAGUGCAACCAUGGGUAUUAUUUACUGGGCACCCAUGUCCUUACCUGUCAGGGCGAUGGCACUUGGGACCGCCCCCUCCCCGUCUGUCAUUUGGUCUCCUGUGGCCAUCCUGGAUCCCCACCUUAUGCCCAGAUCUUGGGUGAUGUCCACACCGUAGGUGCAGUGGUGCGCUACAGCUGCCAAGAAGGCAGGAGCUUGAUUGGCAAUUCCACCCGCAUGUGUCAGCUUGAUGGGCGUUGGAGUGGCUCUCUACCUCAUUGCUCAGGCAGCAUCCAGGGGCUGUGUGGCGACCCAGGAAUCCCUUCUCACGGUAUCCGGCAUGGUGAAAACGAAUUAAGCGUGAACAGCACGGUCUGGUUUAGCUGUGAGCCAGGUUACACGCUCCGAGGCUCGCUGCAAAGAAUGUGUCAGGCCAACGGAUCGUGGAGCGGCACUCAGCCAGAAUGCGAAGUGAUCUCCUGUGGAAACCCCGGGACACCCAGCAACGCAAGGGUAAUAUUCAACGACGGCCUGGUGUUCUCCAGCUCCAUCAUAUACAAGUGUCGGGAUGGCUAUUAUUCCACAGGCGUGCUCAGCAGGCAUUGUACGGUCAAUGGGACCUGGACCGGGACUACCCCAGAAUGUACAGUGAUAAACUGCGGGGACCCUGGAGUACCAGCCAAUGGCAUCCGAGUGGGCAAUGACUUCACCUAUAAUAAGAAUGUCACAUUUCAGUGCACACCAGGCUACAUGAUGGAGUCAGAAAGAGCCUCCACUUUAACUUGCACUAAGGACCGGACCUGGAAUGGUACAAAACCUGUCUGCAAAGCUAUCAUCUGCAAAUCUCCACAAAUUAUUCCCAAUGGAAGAGUCAUGGGCUCAGACUUCAGCUGGGGCUCAAGUGUGAGUUACGCCUGUCUGGAAGGCUAUCAGCUCUCCCUGUCUGCUGUUUUGACCUGUGAAGGAAAUGGAUCAUGGAGUGGAGAACUCCCCCAGUGUUUUCCUGUGUUUUGUGGCGAUCCAGGAAUCCCAGCAGAAGGGCAGCGUGAAGACCGGGGUUUUACUUACCGCUCCUCUGUCUCCUAUUCCUGUCUGCCCCCAUUAGUGCUGGUGGGAUCAGCUCGGAGGUUCUGCCAGGCCGAUGGAACAUGGAGUGGAACCCAGCCGAGCUGCAUUGAUGCAAGUGUUACAACCUGUGUAGAUCCAGGUGUGCCCCUUUUUGGAAUUCAAAACAAUUCCCAAGGUUAUCAGGUUGGGAGCAUCAUCUUCUUCAAGUGUCAUAAAGGGUAUCUGCUACAAGGGUCCACCACCAGAACCUGCCUUCCAAAUCUGACAUGGAGUGGAAUUCAGCCAAACUGCAUCCCACACAACUGCAAGGAACCAGAUACCCCAGCCCAUGCCAACGUGGGCGCUCUGGACCUGCCUUCGCUGGGAUACACCUUGAUCUAUUCUUGCCAGAGUGGCUUUUAUCUCACUGGAGGAUCAGAGCACCGGACUUGUAAGGCCGACGGCAGCUGGACAGGGAAGCCUCCCACUUGCCUGGCGGACAUCCGACCCAGCAGACGGCCUGUGGGCGCUGCAAAGGAUCACCAUCUUCCAAAAGUCUCAGUUCCUGCUGACGUCUUUGCAAAAAACUCCUUUUGGAAAGGGUCUUACGAAUACAUGGGCAAAAAGCAGCCAGCCAUGCUUUCUGUCACCAGCUUUGACCCGGUCACCAGUAAAGUUAAUGCCACCCUGAUAGACCACAGCGGUGUGGAGCUGAAAGUGUCCGGUAUUUACAAAAGAGAAGAUGUCCAUCUCCUCCUCCAGGUACACCAAAUUACAGGGCCACUGGAGAUCUACAUGAACAAAUUCAAGAAUGAUAAGUGGGCAUUGGAUGGACAUGUCACUCCAGAAUCUUCAAGUGGGACAUUUGUCUACCAAGGGUUUGUCCACGGCAAAGGCUUUGGACAAUUUGGCCUCCAAAGACUAGAUAGCAGCAUCAUUGAACGGGAUCCUGAAUCAAUAGGACAUCCAUUUGCAUCUAACAGCAGCUCCGUUGCAGCUGCGAUCCUCGUGCCUUUCAUUGCCCUGAUGAUUGCAGGGUUUGUACUCUAUCUCUACAAGCACAGAAGGAGACCGAAGGUGCCGUUCAAUGGCUAUGCUGGCCAUGAAAACACCAAUGUCCGAGGAACAUUUGAAAAUCCAAUGUAUGACCGCAACUUGCAGCCAACAGAUAUCAUGGCCAAUGAGGCAGAGUUUACCGUCAGCACUGUGUGUACUGCAGUAUAGCACUUACAAUUCUGUGUGCACCUUCUCCAGGGACGGGAAUCUCACCAGUGCCCGAUGAUCCUCCUGGUUCAUCUUCGCCCAUGAUCUUCUCACCCAGAAACGUUGGGGCUGCGGAGUUGAUAUGGUGCCUUCAAGCUGAUCCAGAGAGAGAGAAAGAGAGACUGCCUGGCUGUUUAUCACUGCUCCACAUCUUCAUUGCCCAUCCGCCCUGCCCUCCUGCAACUGAUAAUCAGAUCAACCAAAGCUCCACCCAGCCCUUGUGCCAAGAGCACAAGAUGUGGAAAUCCUCCUCUCUCCCCUCCAGUGAUGCUCCUCCCCAUCCUGGUGUCUUUUUCUAUCCAAUCCCAGCCAACCUUUGGACUAGCUGACUGCUGCUCAAAGACCAUUGAUUGUCCCACUGUUUGCCUGUGGCUGAUAAUCAUCUCUCUGGGGGACCCUUCAUGGCAACCUAAAAAAAUCCUAUUGAGGUCCACACCCUGGCUGCCAGAAGAAGCUACA